AUCAUUUCCCUUCCAAGUUGCUGUCGUCUUUAUCGUCCAACAGAUCUCAGGCGAGGUGGCUGGCCAGUCGCGAUGAACAGACAAUCGGCGCGACGGUGGUGGUCGGCGUUGUAGCAGAUCGACGAGGAACGACAGUGGCAGUUGCUGCGGCGGAGGUGAGGCAGUCCCUGGCGGCGGUGGCAACGGCUGUCUUCUUCUGUCUUCGCCCCUUCAUCUUUCCAGCAGCGCAACAGGGGAACCAACGACCUUGGGCUCCAGCUUGGCGGCGUUUCGCUCCUUUGUUUCCGGCGAGGCAAAGCAGGUGACGGUGGAUGGCGAGCUUCUUUCCCGGUGAAAAGAGGCAGUGAGCAGUGGCGGCAGUCCGAUGGUGGCUGAGGUUUUCAUAUCUCCUGGCGAGGCAGUGAAUGUUGGUGGCCGACAAUGGUGUGCUAAAUCGCACAAUAGUGAGAGCUAUUCCUAUUUUUCCUUUUCAUAUGUGAUGCCUCCAAUAUGGUGCAGGUUAGAUAGAUUAUGGUUUGGACAUCCUGGUGUUUUGGUGGGAUCCAUGACGAGAUAUCCUUUUGUCUGUCCUUUGGAUCAUGUGUUUGAGGUUAAUGUGAUGUUGAGGGAACAACCAGAGGAGGAAUUUGGACCUGGGAUCAGUUUUAGGGAGUAUUCUUUAUUUGACAAUCCAUUAAUGCCCCAAGAGGUGAAAGAGUCAUGGCUUGAUGUGUGACUAUGCUGAGAAGGAUCAGAAGGCUGCCAACUUUCCAAUAGUACUACUGCAACAAGAAUUCUGCAAUGGGAUACUAUCCACUUCUAUGCCACCACCUCAAAAUACUCAGCAAGCUGAACAUUUUGUUAAAACAUUUUGUUAAUUCAAAUGAUGAAAACCUAGGAGAGGAUUAGAUUAUGUUUAUGAGUAUGAAUGUUAUAGUUUCUAACGAUGGAUACUUGGUACUGUUUCUAACGAUAUUAAUUACUUUACUUUUAUCA